GAUCCACCUACAAAUUUGUCGACAUUUAUAUCUGAAAUUUGGGAAUAGGGUCAAUGUAAACCAAUCGGCCAGUAUUAACGACGAUUUCAACCGUCGACGGCUUGGCAACAUAAGAGAAAGGACACCUUUGGCUCAGACAGCAUCAAACUAGACGGAACCUGCAUAUUUCUAUCCCGCCUCUACCCACACGUAGCAGUUCUCUCCCACCCAUGGCUUCACACUCCGCGCAUAGAUAAGGUAGAAAGGUUGGUCGCAUACUACGUAUGUGGGAUAAUCCAACGCUACCAUGCCAUCAACGCCAGAAACGCUCCUGCCAAAGUUCAAAGUUGCGCACUUGAAGCAACUGGCAUCUCUAUGCGGCGCCAAGACAUCAGGCCUAAAGACAGAGCUUGUCGAGCGUCUCCUCUCCAUCUCCCAGCUACCGGCACCUAAGACCCAGCCAUUGGUCCUAAGUAUAGACAUGGGAAUCCGGAACUUGGGGUACAGUCUCUUAUCCCCUACCGCCGCUUCGUCCGGACGAAAAAAGAAGCCCGCGUCUCUAACAGCCGAAGCCCUACGCAGCCCGUUGCGCAUAAACCUACACGCCUGGCAACGCCGGGAGCUUUUCGACAUAUCGCCAGACGAUCCGGUCGAUCCGGAUCAGUUCAGCCCGGCCUCUCUAGCCAUCGCUGCGGACCGGCUAGUGCGGCAGGACUUGCUGCCCCUGAAACCGACACACGUGGUCAUCGAGCGGCAGCGUUGGCGCAAUCAAGGCGCGGCCGGGAUAUUGGAGUGGACAGUUCGAGUAAAUACGCUAGAGGCUAUGCUCCACGCUUCACUGCGUACAUCGCGAGAACUGGGAUACUGGGACGGCGAUGUCACAUCCGUGUCUCCAGCUAAUGUCGCACGGUUUUGGCCGGUGGAUCCCGAGGAUGUCCCAAAGAGUAAAGCUAGGAAGGGCGUCGAGGGGAAAGCGCGCAAGGAGUCAAAGUCGAUGCAGAGUAAGAGAUAUAAGAUCGGCGUCCUAACGGGUUGGCUGAAGAGGGAAUCUAAGGACCAAGUUAUUUUGCCUGGGAAUGACGAUAUUGAGAAUGCUAUUCAGCAAUUCCGCCUGAGAUUAGGUGGUGCCCGUAAGUCCAAGUCGCGUGUUGCGGAAGAGUUUUCGGCAUAUGAAGCUUGGCCUCGGAAGCUUGAUGACCUGACGGACUGUCUCUUGCAAGGCGUGGCCUGGCUAAAAUGGGAGGAAAACAGAGCGCUCCUCCUUAAUGAAAAGAAGCUACUAGAGCUCCUAGACUCAGAUAUCUUAGACAAAGAAAUCGUCACACCACUAGAUGAAAUAUGAAAUAAGCGUUUAAUCGCAAUUGUAUAAAUAUCCAUCUAUAUUCAAACCAAGGCCCAGGUCCUCGUCAAGACUAUUCUCCAUUACCCUACGCGCAACGCAAUUCCAAGCAAAACCGAGCCCGUGAAGAUUGGGGUAUAACAGGCCCAGGC